AUGUACGAGCUCUGCUCCUCUCCUUCCUUUGCUUUCUUCGAAGCUCUCUGGGAGGGCGGCGUCAGCCAUGUCUUCGUCAAUCUGGGAUCCGACCAUCCCUCGAUCCUCGAAGCAAUGGUAAAAGGCCAGAAAGAAAAGAAAGACCAAUUCCCUACGAUAAUCACUUGUCCCAAUGAGAUGGUCGCACUCUCAAUGGCAGACGGAUACGCCCGCUUAACCGGCAAACCGCAAGCAGUGAUAGUGCACGUCGACGUUGGCACGCAAGGAUUAGGAGCAGCAGUGCACAACGCCUCAUGUGGACGUGCCCCGGUUCUAAUCUUUGCUGGUCUAUCGCCUUACACGAUCGAGGGCGAGAUGCGAGGCUCUCGCACGGAAUAUAUCCACUGGAUUCAGGAUGUACCAGAUCAGAAGCAGAUCGUCUCUCAGUAUUGUCGGUAUUCCGGCGAGAUCAAGUCUGGCAAGAAUGUUAAGCAGAUCGUGAACCGGGCUUUGCAGUUUGCAACUAGUGACCCGAAAGGUCCUGUCUACCUUGUUGGUGCUCGGGAGGUUAUGGAGGAGGAUAUUGAGCCAUAUCAAUUGAACCAGAGUGUCUGGGGUCCUGUUUCUCCGGCUGCAUUGCCGAGCUCUGGUGUUGAAUUGAUUGCAUCUGAGCUUGCGGCUGCGAAACAACCUCUUAUCAUUGCUGGGUACAGUGGACGGAAGGCUCAAGCGGUGACAGAGCUGGUGACAUUGGCGAAUAACUUCAAGGGAAUCCGCGUGUUGGAUACCGGUGGUAGUGACAUGUGUUUCCCUGCUAACCACCCAGCCUGGCUGGGCUUGAGAUAUCCCGGGCAUGACGUGGUCAGAGCGGCAGACCUGAUUCUCGUUAUUGACUGUGAUGUCCCCUGGGUUCCAACACAGUUCAAACCGUCUGAAUCGGCGAAGAUAAUUCACAUCGAUGUCGACCCUUUGAAGCAGCAGAUUCCGGUUUUCUAUAUCCAUUCCAUGGCGACAUUCCGUGCCGACUCUUCUACCGCACUGAAGCAGAUUAAUGACUAUGUUGCUGCCCAGGGGUCUUUGCAGAAGUUCAUUGGAUCAAAGGAGAAUAUUAUCAUGGGACAACGCCGGGAUGAAGAAUACUUGAAGCGCCGACAGGAGAUCGCCGAUCUGGCCGUUGUUCCUGAGGGCGGUGAUGGAGCCUCCUUGAAUAUCAAUUAUCUUAUGGCACAGGUCCGCCAGGGUGUUCCAACUGAUACGAUCUGGGCCAUCGAGGCUGUAACCAAUACCCACUGGGUUGCAGAUCAGGUUUCAGCCACAUUGCCCCACUCAUGGAUCAACUGUGGAGGAGGUGGACUGGGUUGGUCUGGUGGAGGUGCACUUGGCAUCAAGCUGGCCAGCGAUGUGCAGCAUGGCGGACCCGGAAAGGGCAAGUUUGUCUGUCAAGUGGUUGGAGAUGGCACGUUCCUAUUCUCAGUCCCUGGAUCUGUCUACUGGAUUGCUCGCCGUUAUGGAAUUCCCAUUCUGACGAUUGUGCUGAACAAUAAGGGCUGGAAUGCCCCUCGGCGGAGCAUGCUCCUCGUUCAUCCUGAGGGUGACGGGUCCCGUGCUACCAACGAGGACCUCAAUAUCUCUUUUGCACCUACGCCUGACUAUGCGGGAAUUGCUACUGCUGCGGCGGGUGGUGAGGUCUGGGGUGGUCGUGCAGCCACUGUUGCUGAGCUUACACAGAAGCUUCCUGAGGCUAUCCAGAGUGUUUUGAGUGGGAAAUCAGCGGUGUUGGAAGCGCAGCUUGAUGGGACCACGGGGAAAUAUGUGGAGAGUCAUAAGGGUUAG